CACUACAUAUUUCCCCCGCGCCCUCGGAAGUCGGAAGCCGCUCCUCCGUUAAUUGUCAGCUCCACCUUAUCCACUGAGUAGUAGUUAACACUCCCAGGAGAAGAGAAAUGGCGGUAGCUCAUACGGCCCCGUCGGCCUUCCUUUCCAUUCCGCCCCAAAAAUUAUCCUCAUUUGCCUCUCCCAAGACUCCGUUCCUUGGAUUUCCAGUUGCAGUAGCACCCAAACCUUUUGUUCAAGCUCGAGCACUUACCCUCGCUAAGCCAACCCCCAACCAGAUUCGUUGCCAGGGAGAUGCAGUAAUUCCCAAGGAGCAGAAGUGGAUGUUCGACGAGUCCAAUAUCAACGGCCCUGAUAUUUGGAAUAAGACAUGGUACCCAAAAGCUGCAGAUCAUGUAAACACAGAAAAAACAUGGUAUGUUGUGGAUGCAACUGACAAAAUUCUGGGAAGAUUAGCAUCAACUAUAGCCAUUCAUAUCCGAGGGAAGAAUCUGGCAACCUAUACUCCCAGUGUGGACAUGGGGGCAUUUGUUAUAGUGGUGAAUGCAGAAAAGGUUGCUGUAUCUGGUAAAAAGAGGACACAAAAGCUAUAUAGGAGGCAUUCUGGAAGACCUGGUGGCAUGAAGGUGGAAACAUUUGAUCAGCUCCAACAAAGAAUUCCAGAGAGAAUAAUUGAACAUGCUGUCCGAGGCAUGCUUCCUAAGGGGAGGCUGGGUAGGGCUCUCUUCACUCAUCUCAAGGUAUACAAGGGCCCAAACCACCCACAUGAGGCUCAAAAACCCAUUGAACUGCCCAUCAGGGACAAGAGAGUACAGGUACAAAAGUAGAUACGGCACAGUUGGAUUGUUAUAUUUCUUUUCCAGGAAAAGCCAGUAUAAGGGCUGAGGUAAAAACCAGCCAUGGAUGGUGUCAUUUCUUUUCUUUUUUGUUUUUUGAACACUUAAAAAGUGUUUGUCCAUGUUAAAUGGUUCAUUGUACUGAUUUGACAAAGAGAGGGACUUGCCUCAACUUGAUGUCUAAAUAUAAACACAAAUCAUGUUUUAUUUGUUA